AUGCUGUUUAAUUUGAGGAUCCUGUUGAACAAGGCAGCUCUUAGAAACGGUCACAGUUUCGCGGUUCGAAAUUAUCGAUGUGGACAACCACUACAAAAUAAAGUACAGCUAAAGGGUCGUGACCUCCUCACUCUAAAGAACUUUACAGGAGAAGAAAUUAAGUAUAUGCUAUGGCUAUCAGCAGAUCUGAAAUUCAGGAUAAAACAGAAAGGAGAGUAUUUGCCUUUACUGCAAGGAAAGUCCUUAGGCAUGAUUUUUGAAAAAAGAAGUACUCGAACAAGAUUGUCCACAGAAACAGGCUUUGCACUUCUGGGAGGACACCCUUGUUUUCUUACCACACAAGAUAUUCAUUUGGGUGUGAAUGAAAGUCUCAUGGACACAGCACGUGUGUUGUCUAGCAUGACAGAUGCAGUGUUGGCGCGAGUGUAUAAACAAUCAGAUCUGGACAUCCUGGCUAAAGAAGCAUCCAUCCCAAUCAUCAAUGGGCUGUCAGAUUUGUACCAUCCUAUCCAGAUCCUGGCUGAUUACCUCACUCUCCAGGAACACUAUGGCUCUCUGAAAGGCCUUACCCUCAGCUGGAUUGGGGAUGGGAAUAACAUCCUGCACUCCAUCAUGAUGAGUGCAGCGAAAUUCGGCAUGCACCUUCAGGUGGCUACUCCAAAGGGUUAUGAGCCUGAUCCCAGCAUAACCAAGUUGGCAGAGCAGUAUGCCAAGGAGAACGGUACCAAGCUGUCACUGAUGAAUGAUCCAUUGGAAGCGGCUCGUGGAGGCAAUGCAUUAAUUACAGACACUUGGAUAAGUAUGGGGCAAGAAGAGGAGAAGAAAAAGCGGCUCCAGGCUUUCCAGGGUUACCAGGUUACAAUGAAGACGGCUAAAGUUGCUGCUUCUGACUGGACAUUUUUACACUGCUUGCCCAGAAAGCCAGAAGAAGUGGACGAUGAAGUGUUUUAUUCUCCACGAUCACUUGUAUUCCCAGAGGCCGAAAACAGAAAGUGGACAAUCAUGGCUGUCAUGGUGUCCCUGCUGACAGAUUACUCGCCUCAGCUCCAGAAGCCAAAGUUUUAA